GCACUGACGAUCCCAGUGGACUCAGUGUGUGCUGGUACCCCUCAAUUAAUCUGCUGGUGUGUUUGUUGCGGUGCUAUACUGUCCUAGGCCUAUAACUGUCUUUUUUAGGCCAUUUUCAGUACUCUUCUACGAUGUCAAACAGGCAAGAAUCAUCUAAUGUUAUCAUCCCGAAAGGAGUCAAAUUCCUCUAUGGAGGACUUGCUGGGAUGGGUGCUACUGUGUUUGUUCAGCCUUUGGAUCUAGUGAAGAACAGGAUGCAACUUAGUGGUGUUGGAGGCAGUGCAAAAGAACACAAAACAAGUUUUCACGCGGUCAAAUCAAUUUUAAAGAAUGAGGGAAUUAUUGGCAUAUAUACUGGGCUUUCGGCUGGCUUGCUACGACAAGCAACCUACACAACAACAAGGCUGGGCAUCUACACAACUCUUUUCGACAUGGUUUCUGGACCUGAAGGACAACCGCCAAGUUUUGCAAUGAAGGCCUGUAUAGGUCUUACCGCUGGUGCUAUUGGAGCAUUUGUCGGCACCCCUGCUGAAAUUUCACUAAUCAGAAUGACGUCAGAUGGCAGGUUACCAGCUGCCGAAAGGCGUGGUUACACCAGUGUGUUUAAUGCCCUUUCAAGAAUAGUUAGCGAAGAAGGUGUGUCUACAUUGUGGAGGGGGUGUGGGCCGACAGUCGUACGUGCAAUGGUAGUAAAUGCAGCUCAACUUGCAUCCUACUCCCAGGCUAAGCAGUUGCUUCUUGGAACCGGGUAUUUCAAAGAUAAUAUAGCAUGUCAUUUUGGUGCAAGUAUGAUCAGUGGUUUUGUAACCACCUGUGCGUCGAUGCCCGUAGAUAUUCUCAAAACCAGAAUUCAGAGUAUGAAAGUAAUUGAUGGAAAGCCUGAAUUCAAUGGAGCAGUUGAUGUACUUGUUAGGACAGUUCGGUCAGAGGGUGUAUUCAGUCUAUGGAAAGGAUUUACACCAUACUACGCACGUAUAGGUCCCCACACCGUCCUCACAUUCAUCUUCCUUGAACAGCUAAAUAGGUUUUACAGAGAAGUUAUCGCAAAAAAAAUAUAAGGAAAAUAAUAAAAUUAACUACUAAUAAUGAAAUAUAAUAUUAAUAGAGAUCCUAAUCUAAUAUUUUGUCAGUGUUGGUAACAGUAUAAAAAAAGAGUUGCUUAUUUUGAGUUGUCGCAAAAUGUAUGAAUUGACAAGUUACAUAUGGUUUAUGAAAUUUUAGUUUAGAAACCAAUAACCCUCACUGCCAAACAGGGGUUUAGUAGUCCAAAAUAUGCUUCAGGGACGUAUCCAGGUUGGGGGGGAGGGCUGCAGCCAGGUUUUUUAAGAUAGAAAUGCGAUACUGUGGUUCAACGUAAUUUGCAUAACGACUCCCCCCUUUCAAAAUCCUGGCUACGUCCCUGAUAUGCUUUAGUUUAAUGCAACAUUUGAUAGAUUUGAAGAAUAUAAAGAAUUUACUAAAGUAGACCAAGCUGUCCGGAUGCUCACUGGCUAAGAUGUAUGCAUGCAACAUUUACAUUGCUAAUGGAAAAGUUCAGUUUAAUUGUUAAAAGGUGAGUUUCAGAAUUGAAGUAAUCAAUAAUAUAUCAUUUAUUUCUAACAAUACCCAUAAUUGUGCUUUUGGACCACAAUACAGUUGAAAUAUAAUUUGACUUACAGAUUGUUAAUGGAAAACUUUAACCUAUAUUUAGGAUUUUACAUUUUGGCUUUCAAAGUUAAACCCUCCAAUGUUUAUCCCACCAAGCUUUAAUAAGAUAUAAAUUCAGAGAGAAAAGAUGGCCAAUAAGGCCUUCAGCUGCUUACGCUCAGAUAUAGCAUAUGCUUAUUAUAUGCCCAAAUAUUUUGUUACAUGUUUUUGUUUUGGUAAGUCAUGACCAGUAGUAGCUGAAUGGGAAAUACAGAUUUUAGUUUCUCAGCUUUCAAUAUUAAAGUCUUUGAAUGCCACAUGCACUGGACAUUUUUGAAAGAUUUUAAUAAGGCAAUCCAUGUUUAUUCCUUUUAUGUGAUUUUAAUCAUAGUAUAAAAUCAUGAUUAUUAUUUGUAAUCAAUUUUAUAUUGUUCAAAAUAAAUUAACCAUUAUUUUUAUUUCUUAUGUGAAUGCCAGUUCUUCGUGUUUUAUAAUCUUCCAAAUUUUUGCAGUGAAAGAAAUGUCUUCCUAUUGCUGUAUUCAAAUUAAUCAUGUACAGAUGCAUUUCCACCAAUUUUUUUCUUUUUUUUUUUUUACGCAAGGCCCAUUUACAUAGAGCCCCAUGGGGGCAUGCAACAUACACAAAAAACAUUCUAUCAGUAUCUGUUGACGGUGCAUGCUCAGUUGAAUGGCGAUCGAGUUCCUAGUUGAUUUACACAUUAUUUGUCAUAUAACAAGCUUUGAGAAAUGGAAAACAAUCCUAUGCUGGACUAAUCACCAUUUUUUUUCUCUACCAGUCUGUCACAUGCAGUUGCAGUGCUCUGUGUAAAUAGACUUUAUUGAUGAAAAACCAAUAUUAUUUGUGAAUUUGUUGUUUUAUGUGUGUGUAUUUAAAUAAAAGAUUUGAGACAAAUAAA